AUGCUGACCCUUGUUGUGCAGGCGCGCCAGCAGCAGCAGGUCGUCGGGGUGCGCGGCGACGGGCCGCGCGGCCAGCACGGCGCGCUCGGCGCCCGAGAGCGCGACCAGUUUAUACUGGCACGGCAAUGUUUAUGCGCGCGAGACAUACUGAUGCUGACCCUUGCUGUGCAGGCGCGCCAGCAGCAGCAGGUCGUCGGGGUGCGCAGCGACGGGCAGCGCGGCCAGCACGGCGCGCUCGGCGCCCGAGCAGUUUAUAUUGGCACGGCAUUGUUUAUGUGCGCGAGACAUACUGAUGCUGACCCUUGUUGUGCAGGCGCGCCAGCAGCAGCAGGUCGUCGGGGUGCGCGGCGACGGGCAGCGCGGCUAGCGCGGCGCGCUCGGCGCCCGAGAGCGCGACCAGUUUAUACUGGCACGGCAUUGUUUAUGUGCGCGAGACAUACUGAUGCUGACCCUUGUUGUGCAGGCGCGCCAGCAGCAGCAGGUCGUCGGGGUGCGCGGCGGCGGGCAGCGCGGCUAGCGCGGCGCGCUCGGCGCCCGAGAGCGCGACCAGUUUAUACUGGCACGGCAUUGUUUAUGUGCGCGAGAUAUACUGAUGCUGACCCUUGUUGUGCAGGCGCGCCAGCAGCAGCAGGUCAUCGGGGUGCGCGGCGGCGGGCAGCGCGGCUAGCGCGGCGCGCUCGGCGCCCGAGAGCGCGACCAGUUUAUACUGGCACGGCAAUGUUUAUGUGCGCGAGUCAUACUGAUGCUGACCCUUGUUGUGCAGGCGCGCCAGCAGCAGCAGGUCGUCAGGGUACGCGGCUGCGGGCACCGCGGCCAGCACGGCGCGCUCGGCGCCCGAGAGCGCGACCAGUUUAUACUGGCACGGCAUUGUUUAUGUGCGCGAGACAUACUGAUGCUGACCCUUGUUGUGCAGGCGCGCCAGCAGCAGCAGUUCGUCGGGGUGCGCGGCGGCGGGCAGCACGGCGCGCUCGGCGCUCGAGAGCGCGACCAGUUUAUACUGGCACGGCAUUGUUUAUGUGCGCUAGAUAUACUGAUGCUGACCCUUGUUGUGCAGGCGCGCCAGCAGCAGCAGGUCGUCGGGGUGCGCGGCGGCGGGCAGCGCGGCUAGCGCGGCGCGCUCGGCGUCCGAGAGCGCGACCAGCGCGCCAGCAGCAGCAGGUUAUCGGGGUGCGCGGCGGCGGGCAGCGCGGCCAGCGCGGCGCGCUCGGCGCCCGAGAGCGCGACCAAUUUAUACUGGCACGGCAUUGUUUAUGUGCGCUAGAUAUACUGAUGCUGACCCUUGUUGUGCAGGCGCGCCAGCAGCAGCAGGUCGUCGGGGUGCGCGGCGGCGGGCAGCGCGGCUAG